AUGUCACUCGCCAUACUACCUUCGCACACCCCUGUCUCGAGGCCGACUGCUCCUACCAAGCGACCUAAACUAUCUCUCAACACUUCGUCUCUGCCAUCGACCUUUGGCAAGAGCACUACCGGGCUCAGGUUAGACGCACCUUCAAUCGCCUCGCCAACAGCUCGAAACACCUUCAGCAAUGCCUACGGGUCACAACAUGUCAUGAGCCCUGAGGCCAUGACGCCUCAUCAGGAUGUACGACCAAAUUCGCGACUGUGUCUGGACACGUCGGUAGCACCCACUCACCAACAACCUGCACGUUCUUCCUCCACCGACAGCUGCAUGUCAGCCACUUCUGCCACCUCGGCCUCGACCGACUCUUCCAUUUCUUCCCUAUCUACCAUCGACUCAUUCAGCAAGCCCAUCCCCUACCGUCUCCCGUUCAAUCAUCACUCCAUCCUCACUAACGGCCCGCAUGGUUGCAUCCGCCGUCGCAAAUCCUUCUCCAGUACGCGACCCAUGUUCCCUUCGCCAAAGAAGGUGUCGUUCCGUGCACCCUUGACCGAAGACAUACGCAAUGACAUCUACACCCUGGCACAAUCUGACUUCGACUUUCGUUCGACCUCUCCAACCGCCAUAGAGCCACUGCCUUCAGGCCAUGGCCACUACAUCCAAAGCCAACAAAAACAUAAGAGAGCAGCUACCCUGCCGAUCAGAACUCCCGCAUCACCUGCCUGCGGAGACAAACGCGACUCUUCAUCCGAAGACGAUUCAGAUAGCGAUAUUUGUCCUUCAACGCCCAUCACACGGACAAGCAAGAAACCUCGGGAAUGGGUAUGGACUCUGGGCCCUAUUGCCCAAAUCACACCGCCGCCAUCUUCAAGUCCCAUCGACAAUGAGAGCCACUUAUGA